AUGCUGCUGCUGGCAUUGCUGCCCUCGCUGGCCUGGGCCGAGACGGACGAGGUCACUGGCACGCAGAUUGCAGAGGUGCACAUCAUCUUCCCCUGCGGGCCGAGAGGUGCCUUCGCCGCGCCCUAUGCGUUCCCGGGCAGCGUGGACCAGCGCGACGAAGAAGACUUUCCGAUCGCCGAGGCGGUGAACGCCACCUUCCCACACUCCACCUCCUUUACCUGCACGCAUAGCAGAGUAAGUGACACCACAGCAGAGUACUACAACGCCAUCGUCGAUCCCAUCAUCGAACGCGCCCAUCAGUCAGCGACUUCUAGACCGCCUGCAGGGCGAAUGGCCAUCGUGGCUAGUUCCCCACUCCCACCCGCCGGAAUCGAAGCCAUUGGGCGCGCUGCGAGGGAAGGCGUAGCCAUCUUCUUCUUUGGCCACCAGAGCGCGGAGUUGGAGGCGCAGGUCAACUCGAGUCAGCACUUUAUGCUGGCAUUCAUGACUAACCAACUUGAUGGCGCCGCAAACGUCGGGUCCGAACUCUGCCGCCGCUGGGGCAGCGCCACCCAGAGACCACUGAGGGUGGCGGCAAUGUAUGCUCCCGAUCCCGCCUUUGACGGCCGCAUCAGCAUGGCCAUUCGCGGCUUCGAGGCCGACUGUCCUGACUCUAAAGUCGUGAUGGUGGCAUCAGAGCGGCUUAGCAACUGGCACGAGCACACGGCGAUGAUGUACAUGGAGUCAACUUUUCUCGCCGACGAGACCAUCUCGGCGGUGCUCACUGCGACAAACCACUUUGCCAUCGGAGCAGUGAAGGCAGCAGACAAGCGGCUAAGUGCAGGAGCAGCGCAGGGCCUGUUUGUCUCCAGCUUUGGCUACAAGGCCGAACUGGCUCCCUACCUCGCCGAGGACCGGGUCUUCGCCACCGCGGACGAGCUCCUUACCAGACCAAAUCAGGGCGUAUGGCGGACGAUGGCGAGCACGAUGGAGCAGGCCUCUCACCUUGGCUGGAUGACGACGGCAGACGUACAGGCAGCCAUACCGAGCAUGAUGGGUGUCACUCUCCAAUCCUCCUCACUACUUAUUCCCUCCGACGCCGAGGGCCACAUCAUCAGCACCAUGCUCAGCAGUGCGUACAACCCCGAGGUGCGCCCGCUGCCUGCGCCACUGGAGGACGACGCCGCUGCUGGUCUGUUGGCUCUCCAACCUGGCGACGCCAGAGAGGGGGGCAUAGGUUCCUUAAUCUUAGCCCCGACGACAGUCUACGUGGGCAUAGACCAGCUGGUUGUGCAGCAAAUCGACGUCCCAGCCAACACAUUCCAGGCCACCUUUUGGCUGGACAUGUCGUGGUACGACGCGCGGCUCACGUGGACUCGAGGUCAAUACAGCGGCGACAUCCAGGUAAGCAAGGCAAGAGUUUGGACGCCCGACCUGUAUGUGCUGAACCACCUCUCCGAGACGGUGGAGCGGGACGGCGGGGAGACUCUAGUGACCAUGCGCAAUGAUGGCACGGUCUUUUGGUCGCGGAAAAUAACGGGCGAGUUCGACUGCAAAAUGCACAUAGAGCCGUACCCCUUUGACAUUCAUAGAUGCUACAUCAACAUCACCACCGUUGCUCGAAGCACCAAGCUUGAUCUCCAUGGAUACGGAGAGGCGCGGAUACCCGCUCCAGUGGGCUUCACGAUCAUUGCACAGCCAGAGGGCUUCUUGCCCAUUGAACGGUUGUGCGCCGCGUCGGUCUGCGGCAUUGAACGGGUCUGCGGCUCUGAUGAGAGGGUCUGCGGCGUCUCCAAGGGGAUCAGCGUUCGGUCGCGACCGAGGUUUGAGCAGAAGCAGCUCAGCUACACCUUCCGGAUCACGCGCGAACCAUCGUACGUUAUCACAUCCUAUGUGAUGAUGGCUUGGCUGCUCGUGAUCCUCUCGAUGCUGCAAUUCUGGAUCCCAGAGGAGAGCGGCAACAUGGACCGCGCUGGCCUCGCCAUCACGACGGUCCUCGCCACGGUCGUGCUGAUGACUGAGGGGGUUGUGUCGAAGGUAAAAACGUGGCUCUCCUACUUCUUCAUCGUCUGUACCGCCUACCAGGCUGCAGCCUUCCUCACAACCAUCUGCGCCGGACGCCGCUUCGGCCAUAGCGCCAAGCAGGACGCGUUCGCAGCGAGCCAGCCUGCCCUGCCGGUAGUGCGGCCUCCCCGUGCCACCUGCAGCCCUUCCGCCUGGGCGGAGCGGAACUGGCCAGGACUCUCGACGUGGCUCGCUUCGGUCUUCAUGGCGUGCGAGGAGCUCACGGGCCACCCCGAGGACGACAUGCAGGACCUCUUCGCCAUCCGGUUCCUGGUUCCCUCCUUCCUGCUUGUGUGCAUCCUCCUGCCGCUUCUCACCCUCUCGGUGUGCAGUGGCGCCGACUGCCCGAAGGAGGAGCACCCCGACGCGGGCGUCCACAGCGAUCUCUUCCUGGCAAACGCGAUCGGCCUCGGGCUCUGGUGCGUGGCCUUUGCCGUCUCCGUGUAUGGACGGCGUGCGCGGCCGCGGUUCGACAGUCUCAAACGGACCAGGGAGCACGUUUCCAACCGGGCAGUGUGA